AUGGAAAUAACUGAAAUACAUGCAUGUGCAGAAAAAUUAAUCGCAUUUGUCAAUCCGAAAUCCGGUGGUUUGCAAGGUCAAACAGUAUUAGAUCAACUAAAAGUUCAAAUAGGCACAGAAAAUGUUUAUGAUCUUGUAAAAGACCAUGGACCAGAAAAAGGUUUAAAAGAAAAUCAACUUGAAAAAAAUCUGAGAAUUGUUGCAUGUGGCGGAGAUGGAACAGUCGGUUGGCUUUUAUCAGCACUUGAUACAUUGCACAUGCGACACAAAGACUUAGUGAGCGUUGGUGUUAUUCCAUUGGGAACAGGGAAUGAUAUGGCUCGAUUUCUCGGUUGGGGCGUUGGAUAUCGGGGCGAAUCGUUAGCACCCGUUGUUCAAUCAUUAUCGACUGCUGAAUCACGUUUACUGGAUCGAUGGGCAAUUGAUGUUCAACCAGCGGCGAAUUCUGGUGCUGCCAGUUUAAAAAUUCCACAACCUGUUUUUAAUAACUAUCUCAGCUUUGGCGCAGAUGCUCAGAUUGCACUUGACUUUCACGAAAAACGUAAUGCCAGUCCCGGUUGUUAUGCUAAUCGAAUAUUUAACAAAUUAGCGUACGGUUGUAUCAGUUGUAAUACAUUUUUCGAUCGUCGAUAUUUAUGUGGAAAUAUUACGAAUUUUUUUGAACUUAUUGUCGAUGGUAACAAUAUGGAAGAAGAUUUAUUUCGUGUUCGACCUGAUGCGAUACUUAUAUUGAACAUAGCUUCCUAUGCGGCUGGUACAAAUCCAUGGGAUGGAGUUUAUGAUAAUCUUUGGUGUGCUGGAUCGCAAACCGGUGAUGAUAGAUUUCGUGAACAGAAUUGUUCCGAUGGUUAUUUGGAGGUAAUUGGCUUCAAACAUUUUGAAUUAGCACGCAUUCGACUUGGACGCCGUGGCCGUCGGAUAGCUCAAGGAAGUGAAAUAAGCUUAAGAAUUCGACGAGAUGUACCCAUGGAAAUCGAUGGUGAACCAUUUUUACUUGGUCCUUGUCAGAUAAACAUAACUCGACAGAAUCAAGCCCAAAUGCUUAUGACUGAAGAUAGUCAAGCGGCGCAACAAAGUCAAACGAAACGUUUUUAA